UUCAUGUUGUGAAGUCACGCGGUACUCCUAGCGGCUGCAGCCGGUCGGUGGUCGGUGGCUGCUCCUGUGGGGCGUUUAGUUUGAGAAAUGGGCUCCUACUUCAGUGCACUCGAACAACGACUGUAGCCCGGGAAAGAGAGGGAAUGGAGAGCUGGACUCACUAACUCCUGAAAGUGUGGCGUCAACCUGCGCUCACCAAGUUCACCAUGAUGUCUAUGACUUUUGGAAUAUCAAGCAGCGUGACACUGCUGUUUGACUUCUGGGACGUGCACGGUCCUGCAGGGAUGGUGCUGUCGGUGUUUGUGGUCUUGCUGCUGACGGUCUUCUACGAGUUGCUCAAAGUGUGGAGAGUGUGGCUGGGGAGGAGCUCUAAGCUGGCCCAUCCUCAGUCUCCGUAUUCUGCCCCCCUGCCCUACCGCACAGACAGCAGCUCCGUACUGGAGAGCAGCCCCUCCGAGUCCUCGCUGACCCCCAUGGCGUCACACCCACCUGCUCUAAACACCAGAAACAGCUUGUUGCUGCAUGGUAUCCAGACACUCCUCCACAUGCUGCAGGUGUCUCUGGGAUACAUGCUGAUGCUGUGCGUCAUGUCCUACAACACCUGGAUCUUCCUCGGGGUCGUCGUGGGCUCGGUCCUCGGUUAUUUCAUCUCUUUCCCUCUCCUGGGUCAUAUCUGAUGGUUCAGACAGAGGACGGCUUUUGCUUUCCUUGAGUUAAAAGGCUUGCGCACUCUCUGGACACUAAAUGGGGAAACUACUCGAUUGACUAAUUUACGCACAUUGUUCCGUUUCUCUGGGUACAGUUAGUAUUUGAAGAUUUGAGCACUGAGCAGGGACACAAGGGGAAUUCUUUGUAUGCUAAAGAAUGAGCUGCACAACACUGUCUCCUAAAUCUCAUCUGGAUGUGGAAAACUUCAUGCACAAAAUCAUCUGUCACCAGUUUCUGUCUCCUCCAUUUCUGGCCUCGGGAAUCAGUUGGUAACUUGUAAACCGUUCAAGUGGACAUAUAAAGUUAGAACACUUGUCUUUAACCUUCGGGACGAUGUGUGUAAAGGGACGUUAUGUUAUUGUGUCAAGCAGCAACUAUCUAAAUGAGUAAUGCAUGUGGAUUUUAGUCUCCAGGGGAGAGAGUACUGAGAGAUGUACAACAAUACUCAGAUGGGAAGUAAUCCAUAAAUUGUGGCAUAUUAUGGUUGCUUCUGUAAAACAAAAUUCUGGUCAACCUUUACGAAUGGAAAGCCACUACACAAUUUACUGUUCAUUACUAAACAAUGCACGUGUUAAUGACACUACAGUUGGUUAAAAUGAAACUCAUCCUAAAGAUUUUUGUUUUUGAGUGCUUAAGAGUGUGAUAGGAACCAACAACAUAAAGUAUUAAGUACACAUUCAGUUUUUCUUUUUUGCUGUGUUGAAGUGAAACCUUAAACCUGACUCACACUUGGAACUGAUUUAUAGUGGUCAUAAGACGUUACUCAGAUUCAGGAACUGAAUCAUGUGAUUUUAGCUUGUAAACUUCUCUCAUGGGUAAUUUUGGUUAACUGACCGGUCAGUCAUUGUCACACAGAAGUCAGGGGACAGUGAAAUGUCAUGGAAACCUAAAAACGAAAACCCCAGUUUGAGUGCCUUGCAGCUGAUAUUUCUGGUGUUUUCUAUUUAAAUAUUCUAUUAUAUUUCUAAAAUGCAUUCUGAUAAUAGAAACAUUCAAAUGUCUGAUCACAUUAGGGUUCUUUAUUGAUUUUCUUAGUGGUGGGUUUGUGUCAUAAUAAAAAAUCUCCGAAGGAAGAAUAAAAUAUAAAGACUAAAGUUGA